GUAUGGCAACACCAGCACAUCGCAUACGCUUUAGUUUAAUGGCGGACGGUAAUGAAAAAAGUGGGAGUGAUCUUUGUUUUGCUUUUACAUCCAAAUAAUUCAAUCGUGUAAAAGUGAGAAUCAAAUGAAAUCGACAAACAAUUCAGGCAUUGAAAUUGCAGUGUUUUAAUAAACAUGCACAAGCAUGUGUUAAUCAAAAAUCGGAGUGCAAAGCAGAUAUAAAGUGCGCAAACAAAAACAAAAACAGAAAAAUUCCACAGAAUACAACUACGAAUGGGUAGAGGCAGACAAUACGCGGAAGCAGUGUAAAAUAGCAAAGACAAAACAAAAACGAACUUUGUACGCUGCAGUGCCAGCGGAGUCAAUUCCAAGUAAACCAAGUGUAUAUAUUUAAAAAUAUGUCUGCACAACGUUUAAAUGCGGCCGAGAAGGAUCUGGAGAAAUUCAUAAAAUUCCUGGCGCUGAAGUCAACACAGGUUGUGGUUCAGUCGCGCCUCGGCGAGAAGAUACAGACACAGUGUAAUCCACUAGCUGGAAACGAUUGGUUCAACAUUGUGGUCCAGGAUCAUCCCGAUGUCCUGGAUGAGACAAAACGGGCACUGGCCCUCAAACCAGGUGACAGCAUUAUGCAGCGUCUGCCACUCUGCGUGGAGAUAUCGCUGAAGACAACGGAGGGGGAUCAAAUGAUACUGGAGGUGUGGUCGCUGGAUCUGCUGCCAGUGGACAACAACAGCAAGGCGGGAGCAGGGGACGAGUGCAAGGGAGAGGGAGGCAACACAAACACAAAUACAAAUACAAACACAAACACCUGCAACGACAACCAAUUGCUGAAGGCAUCCCAUGCCAUCUACAAUCGCAUGGGGAUUAUGCUCAAGUCCCUCAUCUCCCUAACCCGCACCACACCCGCCUACAAACUGUCGCGUCGUCAGUGUCCGGAUUCGUAUGGCAUCUUCUAUCGCAUCUAUGUGGAUCGUCCGCAGGUGCAUACACUGGGCGAGGGUCACAAGCAGGUCAAGAUUGGCCAGCUCAACACAAUUGUGGGCUCUUUGAUCAUGUCGGUUGCCUAUCGCACCAAACUCACCAUUUCACCCACGGCAGCGCACCAGGCAGCGACUGCGGCAGCGGCAGCACAUCAGUCGGACACCAUAAUGCUCAAGUCGGAUCACUUCCGGCCAGCCAGUGAUGCCAACUCACCCACGCAGCAGCUGUCCACAGUUAGGCUGGCAACGGGCGGAGGCGUGGGAGUGGGCGUGGCUGGAAAUGGUGUGGCGACUGACAAGCGUUUUAUAGACAUUGAGAAGCCAUUGCGUCCAGGUGCAUUCACCGACCUGGGCAAGUUGAGACAGUUUACGGAACAUGACUUUGUGCUGCCGGAGACUCCGCCAUUUGAGUGGCUGCUUCGACGCAAUCGACAGGAGAGCAACGGCAGCGGAUCCAUUGAGUCACUGAAUCGCAAAUGCGAAUCGCCAGUUAAUCUUAACAAUAACAAUACACACAUCAAUGCUAGCAGUAACAACCUCAGCAACAACAAUAACAAUAACAACAACAUGAACAACAAUUCAACGGCAUUUAAGAGCUUUGAGAAAGCAUCUGGAGCAUCUGGAGCACCAGGUGCAACGUCGCCCAUUAAAAGUCUGCUUAUACCCGCCAGCAGCGCAGCAACGUUACAACAACAUCAGCGGCAGCAGCAACAACAACAACAACAACAGCUGCAACAACAACAACAACCUUCGGAUGAUGAUAGUCUGUUAAAGGAGCUGCACUUUCCAUUCGCCUCGCCCACAUCGCAUGUCAACGAUUUGGCCAAGUUUUAUAGGGAAUGUUAUCAUGCACCGCCGCUGCGAGGACUCAGCGAGUUGCAAGCACCAACAACAGUUGUUGCCAGUUGUGGUGCCACAGCAGCAUCAGCAGCAGCAACAGCAGCUGCAACAUUGGCCAACAACAGUUCAGCUGUCGAUGGCAGCAUGGAUGAUUUGUCGCGUCAGUUGGAACAGUUCGAGACAUCGCUGGAAGAUUAUGAUAAGCUCGUCUCACAAUUCGGAUUAAGUGGCUCCUCAUCGACGGGCAGUCGCAGCAGUGGCGGACUCCAGAUGAGCAAUUGAGCUGUAGAACUCCAACAAGCGAGGGUUGUUUAGGUUAUAUGUUAUAUGUUGCUUCAAAUUGGAUUUAGGUUACACUGAUAUUAAUAUUAUGGUCAUUUCUCAUUUGCAUACAUACAUAUGCACAACGAAUACAUAUAUGUAUUAAACAAGUCUCCAGUUUUGUAUACAUACAUACAUAUUUACCAAUUAGGGAGCAACAAUUCACACAUACAUAUAUUAUUAGAUUCGGUUGUUUAUUUCUCUUUGUUCAUGUGCCUUUCACAUACAAGAAUCAAUGUGUCAAUAUAUGUACAUACACGUACUAUAUAUACAUAUGUCCUACUUCAGCUUAUGUUUAAUUAUAACUUAAACUAUUGGGGAUAACUGUCAGAUCGACCGUCAGACAGAGCGGCUUAAUAGUAUGCGUCGAAUUUAGAUUUAAGUCCAAGCAACAGUUGCCUUUUUUCGCAAAAUUUUAAUAAUUUAGAAUUUUGUAAGUAAUUUUUAUGAGAAACCAACUAUUAGCAUAGAUUAUGAAAUAUAUGUAUGUGUCAAAGGAAAGACUUAAUAAUCAUAGUUAAAUAUCGUACACAAUUAUUUGAUAAUGAUGUAAAAAUUCAUUUUUAUUUAUCAUUUAUUAUAUAGCCAGAAUUGUUACAUUUUUUCAACUACUUUUCAAUAUUUGGUUGUACAAAUUUAACAAUUUUCUAAUAAAAAUGGAAAACGCUAUAUAUUAAACUGUAAAUAGAGCAAAGGAAAGGGAGGAAAGCUGUAAAAUAAUUUUAUAUUGUUUACUCUUAAAUUGUAAUUACGCGCUUUGUUAAUUUAUUGGUUCCGCAAAUUGCGAAAUUUUGAAUAUAAAUACAUAUAUUUAUAACAUUUAAUUAUGUAGUAAUAUAAAAUUGGUAAAUCCUAAGCAAAAUUCAUAAAGAAAAUGUAAAAUUAAACGAAAUUGUUAAUCAGA